AUGACAAAAUUCACAAAUACCUGGAACAUAUCCCAAGAGAAUCGCUUUCGCCAGCGGCGCCAUUUCCCUAAUGUCACUCUUCUCGGAGACAACUACAGCGUCGCAAUGCGACGCCUCGAAUUCCUCCAAAAAGCAUGCAAGUUCCCGGAACAGCGUCAGUGGUACUCAAAUAAUAGAAAAAUGCUAGGAAGAGGAUGCCGUGCGGACAUGCUAUUAUAUUCCUUACUCCGCUAUAGGCCUCAGAAAAAGGUACCGCUCAAAGUGGUACUCAAUGCGUCCUCAAAACGGAAGAAUAAACUGGCACUUAAUGACGUAAUCCAAUCACUUAUAAACAACAUACAUGGUAUACUAAUUUCAUCGCGCAAACAGAGUAUACACGUAGCGUGCGGCAUCGAAGCUGAUUUCUCGCAGAUUCGGUUGAUCGACUCGCACAAUGGUCGCGCAGUAACGGCUUCCCCUACCAUAUUGAAUAUGGCACUUGCCUCCUAUCUUUUGACCAAACUUCGUCCUUGGCUAGAGAAAUUGCUAGCAACUUAUGCGUGGAUAAUAUAG